CACCGUCAACGCGCCAGAGAGCGCACACGCCACCGUGGCCCUUGCUCACUGCCAUGUCUCUCGCUUGACUAUCUAUUGCUUAUGUAUCGUACUCCAUGGCGGGCUAUAAUCUGAAGCGUUCCGUGGAUGACCUGCUGGAGGCGCACCAGCUAUCGCCACCGUCAUUUACGGUCAAGCUGUACCCUGACUACUGGACGCUCAACAAUGGCUCCAAAUGUCUCUACAACAACCACAUGGCUUCUCUGCUCGAUGAUAUCCGUGCCCGACGUAUUCCCGUGGACUUCUUAGAACUCUUCGAUACGGCGAAGCUUCCUUUCUAUGAAGGAUGCAUGAUUGUGGAGCUACAGGACUAUCGGCCACCGAAGGCAUCUGACCCUACCCUCGAAGAUCCUCAGAAGAGCCGGGUUGUCUUGACCCCAAGUCCAGAGACUCUCUGGGCCGACAUAUGUCUGUUGGAUCAGAAGGCAGGGAACAUAUGGACGGAUCGCGAGGCCUUGGAGGUGGAAGCUCGCAUUGUGACGGCCAUCUCUCCGCCGCUAUGUCUCACCCCUGACCCACAUCUGACUCGUAUGGUCAAUUCGGUCAUUCGUUCGUCGGCUCCGACUGCGCCUUUGUCGUUGAAGCGAAAAGCUGCGGUGAUGGAGCAAGAGGAUGAAGAGACUGAGAAGGCACGGCGUGCGAAACUUGCGCAGUUCAUGAAUCCGAAAUUCUCAAGGCCCGCUGUUACUGCCCCAAGGAAUUAUCACAUAUUGGAGGCAGCGCAGCGGAAGCGCGCCUUAAAUGCGCAGAUGAUGACGGGUGCUGCGCCUCAGCAAGCGGCCUCGACACCUGGGACAGCAGCAGGCGCAGCCGCAGCGUCUGCUGCAUACGCUCAGGGAACGAUACCGACCGCGACUUUGAUGGGUCUCCAGCCAACAUUUUCUCAAGUAACUCCUAUCCCCUUCGCCCCGGCGCCUGCUGUCCCUGCAGCAUCUUCCAAACCAGCUCCGCCUCCAACCUUUUCACAAGUUCAACCUGAUGCGAACAGGAAGCCUGACAGUCGGCAGUCUCCAGUGGCUUCAAGAAACUCCGCAACCCCUGCCCCGGCAGCUCCUCUUCCAAUUCCCCCGCAUCUCCAAGCGCGCUUCCUUGCACAGGGAGGUGUGCAGUCAUCACCACGCUCAUCACAAUCACCGCAUCCUACGGGCAAUGUUGCUGCAACGCAGAGUCCUCCUCGUCCUGGCACACGCCCGCCAUCCGCAGCGCCGCGCCCAACAUCUCAGCCCGUUCAACAAAACCAAACCAGCCAACCUCCAUCACAACCUCAGCCUCAGGCCCCUGCUGUACCUGUACAAGCUGCGCCUACUACCGGUACUUUCCAAGUCGCUGUUCCGGGAAGUAGUGUGACACCGCAGGUGGCGAUCUCUGGCAAGAAGAAGGCGCAGCAGAGUAGUUCAUCCGCCACUAAUGCACCUACUUCUGUCCCGCAAACGCAACCUCAGUCAAUCCCGUACAACGUAUAUGCGCAUCAUGUAUACCAACAGCGCCUAGCUCAGCAAUCGGCUCAGAAUGCAUCGCCGAUCCCGCGGAGUCCGAUGGCGGCCAACCGAAGCUCUACGCCGCAACACAGCAGUCCUCUAGCUGCAACGCAGCGGCUGACCUCACGCUCGCCCAUGCCCCCAAGUUCUCAACAACCUCAAGGAGUGGCAGCAGCACAUGCGCCUCCGCAAGCCAACUACAAUUACGUGGCCACCAUGCAGAAUCAGUACAACAUCCCCGCGCACCUCCGUCCCGUGGCGCACGGACACGCGCCACAUCCACAGAUGAUGCCACAUACUCUCGCAGCUGGUGGCGUUCAGCCUGGGGCGGCGACCAGUGCCCAAACGGGUCAACUGUCAUCGCAGUCUGAGCAGCCUCAGGCACCACAGCUCAUACCGCAAUACCCGCAGAUGUACUAUGCGCAGAUUGCGGGGAGGAUGCCUCAAUAUUGGGCCAUGCCCGGUAUGGGCAGAGGUGCGCCAAUCGCCAACGGUCAGCACCAGAUGCCUGGAAUGGCGGGCCACCCGCAGCAGAUGCAGCUCGGGGCGAACAAGGUGGCGCAGGGAGGUGUGCAGGGGUCGUAG